AUGUUAAUAUUCGUUAUAUUAUUUUUAUUUAAUAGUAGGCCAGCUUUUCAAUGUCAGUUCAAUCCCGAAAGCAAUACAUAUCUUCCUACAAUUUAUGGGAUAACACCGACGUACCCGAGAUUGGCUCAAAAAGCGGAUCUGACGAGGUUAUCACAAACAUUGAUGCUUGUAAAAAACUUCCAUUGGGUAGUUAUAGAAGAUUCUGAUGAAAAAACAAAGUUAGUUGCAAACUUGCUCAAGGAUUCAAACCUCAAAUACACACACCUGCAUAUAAAAACUCACAAGUCGAAACAUUCUACGAUGAUAGUUGAUCACAGUCGUCCCAAGAAAUUCUACUUUGUUCCUAGGGCAAGUGGUGUUGAACAAAGAAAUAAGGCUUUAGAUUGGCUAAGGCAACAUUUGAAGACGGCGGAAGAUAAGACAGGUGUUGUUUAUUUUAUGGAUGACGACAACACAUAUUCUUUGAAGGUUUUUGAUGAGAUGCGAAAAAUUAAGAAAGUAGGCGUAUGGCCCGUGGGCAUUGUGGGGGGAAUGCGAGUUGAAAUGCCGGUUGUUACCAAUGGGAAAGUCAGCGAUUUCAACGCCUUUUGGAAACCGUUUAGGCCGUUCCCAAUUGACAUGGCUGGUUUCGCCAUAAACGCCACUAUGUUCCUCGAUCGUCCUGACGCAAAAUUCUCUAGAAAAGUGCAAUCUGGAUUCCAGGAAAGUGAAAUACUGAAAUAUUUUACAACGAAGGAUGAAUUGGAACCGUUAGCCGAGAAUUGUACUAAAGUAUAUGUGUGGCAUACACGCACACAGAAGCCUGCAUUACUAAACCCAAAGAAGCUGAAGUUGAAGCACCCACCUAUACCAGACGGUCACAUUGAGGUGUGA